AAACCUCAGGUAUGGGCUGUUUCUCCAGAGUCCACUAGGGUUUAAGAAACCAGCUCUCCGCCUUCAAAUCCGCCACCGCUAUUUACAGUUCUGCCGCUGCCCGUCUUUUUCUUCUUCUUAAAGCUAUGUUUACGCUUCUUCUCUCUCAAUCAAGUCCCAAUUUUGUAGCUCUGCAAUGGUAGAGCUUUCAUCCAACUCCACCACUGCGUCUGCGCCUGACGGCCUCCUUCACGCUUCUUCUAAGCUUAAGAACUCGGAGCCGCUUCCGCUUGACUCUUUUGAUUCCAAGCCCGUCGAUUACUCCUUUGCCGAUUCCUUCCUUGAUUACGAUUCCUUAACCGACUGGAUUGACGAAUUUACAUCUCCUGUUAUGGCUGAUGCACAAACGAUUCUUCCUGAAGCGGAAUCCCAUGUGAAUCAACUAGUCGAAAAGUCUGUUCCAAUUGUUGGUGAAAUUCAGCCGAUUGCGCAGGCGGAAGGUGAGGCUUGUGGUAAGUCUACGGAUUUGAAUUGCAUCAUUGAGGAAGGGAUGUCGAAGGUUAGUUUGGUUAUUGAUGGAGGAAGCACUGGGAACAUUGAGUCGGAUUCUCGAGAGGAUGAUGAUGACAGUGACGUUGAGUCCGAGGGCACAAGUUCAGCUUCAACGUCUAGUGAUAGUAGUAGCUCUAGCGGAAGCAGCGAUGAUGAAAAAGAUGAGGAAGAAAGUUCAUCGUCUUCAAGUAGCGGCGACAGCAGCUGCGAUGAUGAUGUAGAGACGGAGGAGAACUCUGUAAAAGCGGAUGUACACACAGAAAUCGGUGAACUUGAAGAAGGUGAGAUAAGUGACGCUGACAAUGAAGACAAGGAGGCCUCUGCAGAUGACAUGGUUGCGUGGGAUGGUGAUGGUGAGGAACUAGACGAAGAAGAAGAGGCUGGACCUGAGGGAGGUCCGAUUAGUUCUAAAAACGAGCUUAAGGUUCUUCCUCCAGUUCCUCAGGUGCAUGCAACGCUGCAGCCACACCACCAGAUGGUACCUGUCGGAGUUGUUUUGUCCAUAAUUGGCAGUCAAGUCAUUGUAGAGGGUGUUGAGAAGCACAAUCCUCUAAACGAAGGCUCUAUCCUGUGGCUAACUGUAGCUAGAUCCCCAUUGGGGUUGGUAGACGAGAUCUUUGGACCAGUAAAAAAUCCUUAUUAUUCAGUAAGAUACAAUUCUGAAAGUGAAGUCCCUACUGGAAUAAGUAGUGGCACUCACGUCUCCUUUGUUCUGGAGUUUGCCGAUUAUGUGCUCAACAACAAAGACCUGUACAAGAAGGGGUAUGAUGCAUCUGGAGCGAAUGAUGAAGAGGUGUCCGACAACGAGUUUUCAGAUGAUGAGAAAGAGCUUGAGUUCAAGAAGAUGCAAAAGCUGGCUAAGAGGGGUAUGAAUGACAACCAACAGAUUAAUGAGAACAGAAAUAAUGCUAGGAAGAAGAAAAACAAUGCUAAAGCCAGGAAAUUUGGUCAGCGGACAUUUGAGACACCGCAGGAACAUGACAAGUCCAGGAAUUACGGCCAGGCCAUACCCCAGCAAGCAACAGUUCCUGAAGGCAGCAAGUUUGAUCAGCCAGCACCUCAGCAAGUAAAGAUGGAUAUGGCUCACUCAUUCUCCAAUCAGAAUCAGCACACUGGCCCUCCUUUGGCGCCGUUUGUAUAUCACGGUGGUUAUCCAAACCCUUCAGCUUCUGAACAACGUUUUAUCAAUGGACCUGGUGUUAUGCCAUCAUUUCCUCCAGCGUUCAACCCCUGCUUUCCCCCAGCAAUGAACGGAAUUAGGCCAGCAGAAAUGCCAUUUCAGUUUCAGCAGCAGCAGCAGCAGCAGAAUCCAUUAUUUCCCAACGGUCUUCCAAUGACUGGCAUGCCCUGGCUAUUACAGAAUCCGGUACAGCAGGUGCCUCAGCCUCAAAUGCCUAUGAUGAAUACAUUUGCUGGAGCUCCAUAUCCGCCGGGGUUUGUAGGUACAUCAUCCGCCCUACCUAAUCCCCUCACAGCCGUUGGGGCACAAGGAAUCCAUUCCGGUGGAGUACAGUUUGGACAGAAUCAAAACAUGCACCCUCCAACACAGCAAUUCAAUCGUCCAAACCCGCACCCACCUGUACCAUUCCAAGGAAAUGUAGCACCAGAGCAAUUCAACCAAGGCUCAUCUUCGAACCGGGGAAGGAAAUCGUAUGGUCGAGGUGGACCUCAUUUUAGAGGUAGAAGAGGAGGUGGGCGUCAACCAAGAUGAACCUUCAGUUGUUUCAUAUAGGUUGCCUUCACAUCUGCAAGUACUACAUUUUGAUUUACUCUUAUCUUGUAAAACCCUCCACCGUUCCAGGUUGGAUGAGAAUUAUGAAGUAUGUAUUUCAAUCGCUUUUAAAGAGGUUUCUUUCUGUUCUUAA